AGAGACUACGGAUAUGGAGACAACAUGCUAAUCGCCUACGCUGGCUGGAGUGUCAGCAGCCAUCUUAGUCGCAAUUGGGCGGACAGGCUCGUUACCCAUUCGCCCCUCAAACAACUCAAAGUCGGCAACGUGUAUGCUGUCAAAGGACCGGAUGACGAUUUGUAUGAAGCAAGAGAAAUUGGAAACUCAAAAUUGAUUACACAUCUCUUGAAGCAUGCGCACAGCAAUGGCCUCAUCGUAGUUGCAGCGCACUCUAGCGGAGCUUUCGUGGCAGACGAGUUCUUUGGUCAACUAGCCCAGCACGAUGUUUACGGACAAUUAACGAGAAGAUUUGUUUAUUACAAUCUCGACGGUGCGGGAGGUUUGCCGUCUACAGCGACACCGUGGAUAAACAAAGAGUAUUUUGUUUAUGUUCGUUCUGGAAACAUCUACUCGAGAAACGCAAACACCAUGAAGAGACUGUCUCGUGGAUCCGAUGAUCUAAUUGAGCUGAACGGAUCGCACUCGGGCUGUCAACACUACAACUGUCUUCAUGACGUCACGAUUAUCCACAAACCGUGGGACGCUCUAACCUUUGACCUGGUCAGGGACUACGGACUAUUUUCAGCUGGGAACAGGGAAGUGCAGUAUGACUACAUCACGCAGACGUACAACGAGUUGUCGGCUAUGACCAAUUAGAUGUCGCCGGAAUGAACCCCAGUUGUCACAUGCUAUCCUCCUUAGCAUCUUUGG